AUGUUUUGUAAUUUGAAAUAUUUAUCAAAAAAUAAAAAAUUAAAUAAUACAAUAUUAUUAAAAAGGUUUAAUUACACAAAUAAAAAAUAUGUAAGAACAAGUAUAUUUAAAGAUGAUGACAUUUAUUUAGAUCCUUUAGAAAUUCAUAACGAAGAAUUAAAUAAAACAAAUUAUUUAAACAUUGCUAGAAUGGAUGAUUAUGUACAUAAUCGAAACAACGUGGGAAUGAACACAAUUAUAAUAAAUAAUAAAUAUAUGAACAUAAAAUUAGUUAAUAAAUUGUAUAAAGAACUAAGAGAUAGCGAAGUUAAUUAUACAAAAAGAUUUGUAUUUUUAACAUCACUUUACAAUAAUAUUUUUAAUUAUGGUUAUAAUUUAUAUGAUUUAUUAAAAAUAUUAGAACUAUAUCAAAAAACCAAAGAUACAAAAUAUUCAAAGCUGUUUAGAAGAAUCCUAGAAAAUAUAAAUGAUUUAUCUUAUUUAAUAUUUUCAUAUAAAAAACCUUUAAUUUCCUAUUGCAAUGGGAAAACAAAAGGAUCGGCAGGAUUUUUAUUAUUUUUAGCUAACAAUAGUUCAUCAUAUGUUCAUUCUUUUUAUUCAUACAACAAUUUAAAAUACUCUUUCUUACCAUAUGGAGGAAUUUCAUAUAUUCUAGCAAAUUUAAGAGGAUCCUUAGGAAUUUAUUUAGCCUUAACAGGUCACGAAAUGAAAUCCUCUGAUUUAAUUUGGUGUGGCUUAACUAAAAGGUGGCUAUCAGAAGACUGUUUAGAAUUAAUGGAAAUAACAUCUGAAAGUCAAUUAGAAGUUUCUGAACAAGAUGCACAUAUUUUACUAGAAGAGCAUUUUUUAAAAGCUCCUGAAAUAUAUACAUUAAAAGAUUACGAAGAAAUAAUUCAUGAACAUUUUAAGCAUGAUAAUUUAAUAUACAUAUUAAAAAAAUUAGAUAAAUCAAGAAAAAAUGGAGAUAAAAAAGUAAAAAAAUGGGCUGAAGAUACCUAUGAAAAAAUAUGUUCCUUACCUCCAUUGGCAACUCACAUAACUUUUGAAAUUUUAAAUAUUUUAAGAAAUUACAAAGUUCAAUUAUUAAAAAAGUGUCAAGUAAAUAAAAACUUAUGGAAGGAAAUCAUAAAAAAUAGUUAUAAAAUACCAAAAACAAGAGAGGAAGUAAGUAUGAAUGAAUUGAAAUAUACAAUUGACAAAGAACUUUUUAUUAAAUCUAUAAAUUUGGAAACUAAUACAUUUUCAAAUUUUAUUUCAUGUCCUGAUGUCCUAAAUGGAAUUACUUCUUAUUUAGUUAAAGAUACUAGCUAUUCUUUUGACUGUAACUAUUUAAAUAACAAUAUUUUCGAAAUAAAAAAAGAUAUAAUUCAUUAUUUUAUUUAUUAUAAAAAUAAUUACGAAUUUCCAAUAUAUGAAAGACCUGAUAUAAGCUUUUCAAGUUUAAGCGUACUCGAAAAAUUUAACCAACAUUAUAAUAAUCAAAAUAAAACAGCAUACGACAAACUUUUUUUUUCUAAUCAGAACAAGAGAUGGGAUGAUGACUACCUAAAAGACGAUUUAGAAGAUGUUAAUAAACAUUUUCUAUAA